GUUGUUUUUAUCCGAGAACUAACUUGGCUAGAUGGCGUUAGCCAAGUUAGUGCUCAGUGUCUGGCUGUGACUCUGAAAAUGUAAAUUUUUUUCUUUUUGACAUUUUUAAUGUCCAGCUCGGCUCUCAGUGACCUGCAUGUCACAUUAAGCGACAGCACUGGAGAGCAAAGGUGGCAUUGCAGCAACACGUUUACUCCUCCGAUUAAGGUCAUAAUCUUAAUAAACCGUGAUCUGACCUCGCUGCUUUUUAUGAGUCAGACGUAACCAGCAGAUUGGUGUCAGCACCGUGGAUCUAAGUUGAAGAAAACAGGGGGUAAUAAUGGACAUUUUUAUUAGUUAACAGUAAGUGUAAGUGAGUUACAUUUUUCUCCUGUAUUUAGGGAAAUUAAAAACACAAAUGAAUUGACACUGCGUUGAUAUCGAUGUCUGACACUGUUGUAUUUCAAGGUGUCCACCAGCUUUGGGGAAUCUAUAGUUUUGAUUGUUGUGCUGCUAUAUCCAGUGUCAGUUGAAUGUUAGGGUCUGUGUUUUGUGUUUGUAAAUGAUUGACCAACCUGCCUUUUUUGCUCAACUGGUAUAUCCCGCAGUUGAUCUGUAGCCCCGGGUUGUUGUCUGGAUGUUCUGCAUCAGGGCUAAGUCGUGAGAGGUCAGACAGAGGAUGGGUCCUGCAGGCACUGCAUGAUUUGGUUUGUGGUUCUGCUUAGAUGUGCAGAGUGAAGGAUUAUAGGAAUUCAGCCAGGAUGCUACUGUGUUGUACUUUGGUUACAACACAGGAAAACAAAGACAAAACCUUUGACCUUCAAGCGGUAGCAUCGGCAGUAGGUCAUGAAAACACUGCUGCUAGACAGCUGUUGACAUCCUAGCUCCACCCCUGCUAAUAGUUUGCAAGCUAACACCUGGGCACCUCAAUAUAUGAAAUGCAAAAGACACUUCUAUGAAGGAGCUUCUGUAAAACUAAAGUGUGCUUCUGCAACAGGUCUAAAGAGAGCAUACAGUGAAGGGGCUACUCUGGUGUGUCUGCAUUGUUCUGUAAUUACGCCACUACAACACGAGCCAGCUGUCUUCAACUUCUCUUUGUAUUUAAAAAAAAAAAAAAAAAAAAGGCAACUGUAAGUGAGCAACAGACAGGUUUGGAGUUGGAGCUAAUAAAUGAUGACAAACUUUCCCAGAAAUCGCUGCAACAGAGAAGGGAGAAGUUCUGGCUUUAGUUGCAACCUGUCGACGCACCGUCCUAGUACGUCAUCUCCGAAAAGCGUCAGGUAACGCGUCUCAACCCGUUCAACCCAGACCUCAUCUAAGAUGUCCAGUUAUGGGAUUUGUGAAUGCCACAAGAGGGCACCGUUAUUAUGGGCGCUUUUUCGAUAACUUGACAAACACGGCCCUGUAUGAACGCAGCAAGAGACACAGCUGCGUGUUGUCCUCCAACAAGUCUACGGUUCUUUGCCCCGGCUGAUGAAGUCGAAAAUGCUGAUUUGUUGAAAUGUUGCCUUAAACCACAAAAGGGAAAAAACUGAGAAGACUCAACAAUGGCUGAAAUUAAAACUCACUUUCACUACAAAGACAUUCGUUGUCCAUUCUUGUCCAACUGCGGGGGCAAAGCUUCACGGACUGAGUGUUGAAUGUGCAGCUUUAACACAUGAUGAAGCUUCAUGGCUACAUGCAAAUUCUUUGCAGCAGAGUGUGUGACUAUGAAUAGUGUUUGGGUGGAUGUCAAGUAAAUCCUGAGGUCAUACUUGCUGUAUAUUCGCUCCUUGUGUCAUCACUGUGUGUGUGUGUUUGUGGAGAGCAAGCAGGACACAAGGCAGGGCGUUGUAUCCAGACCAGCAGCCCCAGUUCCUUCGAACAAAAGCUCGGCUGUUGAAAGAUCAUGUGACUCUGUGUGUGUGUGUGUGUGUGUGUGUGUCUGUGUGUGCGCGCGCGUGUGUGUGUGGGUGUGUGUUCGUUCCACCCUUGUCAUGUGAUGUGAGCUCAGGGCAGGGUCUGAGAAGUGCUGAGUCGUUCUGAGAGAUUCUUUCCAGUCAGGGAGCAGACAGUCGGCAUGCGUGCAGGGAGGCGGCAGACGGAUAGGUGAACUGAUGGAUGGAUGUGGGACGAAGGAGAGGAAUGGCCGAGAGUCGGAGAAAGACGGCAAGAGAGCAGCGAGUCCUUCUCUCGGACUCCUCGUGUCUUUGUGGAUUUCUAAACUGCAGACAUGUGAAGAUGAACUUUUCUGUGGCGAGGCAGGGGCCAUUCUUCGCCACACGGGUGGAGGCCACCAGGCAGAGACGCUGUGUGAGACACUUGACGUGAGCGCUGAUCCCUGAGGAGCAUGAGUCAUGACCUCAGUGGUGCUGGUUGACACCGGUGGGAGAGUGGUGGAGUACGUCACAGCUGACGAGGACCCACAGCAGCCGGAGGGAGAGUGUGAGGUGGACCUGGAGCUGGAAGGAGAGGUGGAAGGCGAGUGUGAAGCCGAGGAGACCUAUGAAGAGGUACAGGAGAGAGAGGAGGCCGGAGACUACCCAGCAGUCAUCGUGGAAGAGGUGCCGAGCGCCGGACUGACGGAGGAGCAAGCUUACUCAGCCCAGGUGGUGGUGUACGACGAUGAGGCGUAUCUCAUGCAGGAAGUGGGCGAUGAGCAAGAGGUGGAGACAGAAGGGGAAGCAGUGGAGGCCUCUGUUCACAGCACCAGUGUCCACUGCUCUGAUAAAACUAUUGAAGCAGCAGAGGCUCUGCUGCGAAUGGACUCACCUUCAAGUCUUCGAGAAGAUCGUAGCCCAGAAGCUUUUGUCCCACCAUGCAUAGCAACACCAGACUUCCUCCACGCUGCCAUGCGUCCUGACAUGAUUACAGGGACAGAGGUGGAGAUAUCGACAGAAGACUGCUGCGAGGAGGAAGACGAGGAAAUGGUCACCCUGCUGGAGGAGCCGGAGCCAGAGCCUGACCACGAGCCUGUUAGAAAGAAGCGAGCUGGACGGAAACCAAAGCCACAUCAGACAGCUUUUUCCAACGGCUCACCGGAUCUCGGCAUCAAGAAGAAACCAAGAGAAGGGAAAGCAGGGAGCACCACCUACCUCUGGGAGUUCCUGCUGGACCUCCUGCAGGAUAAGAACACCUGUCCCAGGUACAUCAAGUGGACCCAGAGGGAGAAGGGCAUCUUCAAACUGGUGGACUCAAAGGCUGUGUCCAAACUGUGGGGGAAACACAAGAACAAGCCAGACAUGAACUACGAGACCAUGGGACGGGCGCUCAGAUAUUACUACCAGCGGGGCAUUCUCGCUAAAGUAGAGGGUCAGCGGCUGGUUUACCAGUUCAAAGAGAUGCCCAAAAACAUCGUCAUCAUUGACGACGACAAGGUGGACCUGCCCACCUCAGACAGUCUGAUGGGCUCAGACACCGUUGCGUCCUAUGAGCGCGUGCCUCUGACGUCGGACGUUCUGCUCCAUGCCGCCGAGCUGUCUUCCUCCAAGAAGCCCAACAUCCUGCGGGGUGCUAGAGCCAAUGUGGUCCCGUCUCCUGUCACUAUAGCCAGCAAACCGACAGGAGGUGGAGCAGUGUCGCCGGGGAUGCAGAGGAUAGUGACGGUCUCGGCGGCAGCAGACGGGAGCCAGACUCAGCAGACUCAGACCACCGCCACCGCCAACGCCGCAGCUCCAAGGACUGUCCGGGUGGCUAUGCAGGUGCCCGUAGUCAUGACAACAUCACUAGGUCAGAAGAUCUCCACGGUUGCUGUGCAGCAGCCUGCAGGAACCACGGGAGCCGCCGGACACAGCACGCUCCUCACCAACACCGCAGCUGGCAACACCAACUCACAACAGAAGGUUGUGAUCCAGACCAUCCCCACGAUGGUUCCAGCCACUGCAGAAAACGGAGACAAGAUCACCGUCCAGCUGGCCAAGAUCAUCACCAUCCCAGCCCAUCAGUUUGCUCAGUGUCAGCUCCAGACCUCCACGGGCACGAACAAGCCCAGCGUGGGAGCCUCCCCGGCGGGCAUCAGCCUCCUGGGCAGCCCCCUGACGGUCCGCGCCCUGGCGCCCGUCAGCGUCGCGUCCGGAACACAGGUGAUGAGACUCACUGUGCCAGCGCAGGCGCCGCAACAGACUCUGGUGGUGUCCCAGCCGGGAAGCGCGGCGGGCGUGGUCACGGUGUCGACGGCCAAUCAGACGGUGACGGCUCAGCCUCGUAUCAUUAGCGGCGUCAUCAGUGGCUCGGAGCUGGUGAUCGGAGGAGGCGGAGGACUGGCAGCAGAUAAGCUGAAAGGCGCUGGCGUGCGCGUCCAGCCUGUGCAGGCGCCUGUGGCGGUCCAACAGAACCAGGCGAACCCCAAAAGCGUCCUGAACGUCAAACCAGAUGCCGUGGACACUGAGGUGGUUAGCAAACUGGAAACUCCUGGCUCAAAGACAGAAGAGCCAGAGGUUUAAACAUAUCAAACCAGCUCCUCCUCCUCCUCUGCCAGAGGUUAGUUUGUACAUUUCUGAGGUCAUUUUUACUUGUACUUGUAAUAACCAGCAGCAGUCUGAGAGACUUUAAAGACUCGUGAGUCAUGAACCCGUCUUCACAUCUUCCCUGUUGCUGCCUAGAACUUGACUGGACUGAACCGGUCUCCCUCAGAACCACACUGAAACCUGCACGGAGCCCAGCGACGUAGGGUCACACACAGACUCUAUGAGGAUUGGUUGGGAAAAGUAAAGGGACCAACUUUGAUCACUACAGUUAAUGCCUUCUAAACAGAUCGCUGUCAAAGACUCAAAUCAGGAGGAAUCCUGAAACUGAAACACUACAAAAGACAAAACAAGGUAGAUGACACGUGUGCGGUCAGACACAGCGGAAGGUGUAACACAGCUUUUUGUAGAUUUUUGCCUCUACAAAUUUUGAAACCAGCAUUUUUAUUUUAUUUUUUUUGAAACUUGUGUCACUGUGCAGAUGAAGUGUGGGUGGUGCUACGAGAGUGUUUAGAGAAAGAAAGAAAGAAAGCAGAGCUGCAUGAAGCUCUCGCAAUGAACGAUGUUGGACAGAAGAUGAUCAUGUAUGUACAUAUAUAUAUAUCUACUAUACAGUUUACGGAGCUAACGUUAACAGCCUUAGAUUUAAUUUUGACAUUUAUGUAUUGUCUGAACAGUAAGCCCUUUUUUUUUGUGUGCGUGUGUGUGUGUGUGUGUACCAAGCACAGUAUUAUUGAAACCUCCAGGACUCAUAUUUGUAUUAUCAUCAGUUCCUCUGCCUCCAGAAGGUUAUAUCAAAGGCCGGAUUGCUUCUCAUCGUCUCUAAAGGGGAAAAAAAAAUCACCAAUCUUAAAAAGAUCUGGAUUUUUUUUUUCUUUUCUUUUUUCAGACAGAUUUGUUUUUCACAAGCCUGCAGUCCAGCUGUGUGCACACGCAAAUGAAUAUGACUGAGCAGAUGCAUGCGGCCACAAAAAAAAGAAUGAAAAUAGGAAUGUAACAGGAAUGGUUGUUUUAUUGUAUAGAAAAUGUCACGUUUAAGCAAAACGGCUGCAGAUCCCAGGUCACUUUAACUAUUGUUUCAAAGUCUGCCAUGUUGGCCCCACCAUUUCAUUGUUUUGUUUUUUAAUCUGAAAAAGAGGGAAGAUGGAGAAGAAGUGUUCAGACUGAACUGUUUGUAUAUUCAACAUUUGAAGUAUAUUCUAUUUUGUUGUACUCUUGUUUCAAAGUGUAUUAAAGUAGAUUUUACUGAAAUAUAGGAAGACAUUUGAAAGCU